GUCAACGCUGCCGCCUCCAACUCGCACAAUCUUGAUCACAACGCGCACAAUCUUGUCGACGCUCCAAGCUCCACGCUCCACGCUCGACAGUUGACAUUCGGUCUGUUAUAUUUUUGGCAAAAGCGCUAACUUGCGUGCCAUCAAAGCGGCUUAAAUUAUAGAAUCCCAUUUGCUUUGCGAUUUAUCAGCCAAAAUGUCACUGGCAAACUUCAAAACGCUCCUGGCGCUACUCUGGCUCUGUAUUUGCCUCGGAUUAAGUGUCCACACAGCGGAAGCAGCGCCCGCUGCACGUUAUGAUGAUAAUUUUAUUGAUUAUCCAACGUCACCCAGUGAAGUGCUGCCCAUUGAUCCGCUGUUAAUCUACCCGGAGCCACGAGAGAUGUAUUAUCAGGCACGUACCCUCAACGGGAAUGAAGAUCGGGACAUAAUCUUUGUGAAGCUACUAAAGGGCAAGACGAGUGGCUAUCGACCCAAGCAGCAACGACUCGUGGAAAAGGAGAAGGAGCAGCGUCGCAAGGAGCUGAGCUUCAAGGAUAUAUUCUUUGUGAAGGCGCGAGCCAAUGGACAAUUUAGUCACGAGCGCCUUAAGGUUUACCGAUUGCCAGAGUUCUAUGCCAUCAGCGUGUUCCGCAACGAUGAGAAAUAAGAAAUAAGAGAAGCGGGAACGGGUUGCAUUUUUACGAUGUACAAAUGUUAUUUAAGUUAUGUGUAAGACGCUAUAAAUAAAUACCUCAACAGUUGUUUAA